CGUCGGAUGCACUCCUACUACUCGGUCAAUAGGCCUUUAAGUAGCGCAGUGCAUUACUGAAAAGACUAAUACUUGCUCUGCUCUGCAUCUUAUAGAUACUUAUAGAAAGAUUUUUAUGCCAAUAAAGUCCAACCACACCUUUUCCAAACUUAUAAAGCUAUUCAACACAUUGAAUAUUCUGAGGAAUGCUGCCAAUAACCACUCCAAACUGGAGUAAUACUAAAGCCAGUCAUUUGAGGUACUAAUUAUUUGUGUGUGUGUGUGUGUGUGUGUGUGUGUGUGUGUGUGUGUGUGUGUGUGUGUGUGUGUGUGUGUGUGUGUGUUUAUAUAUAUUGGGGCACAUUUUUGGUCUGGGUUAGAUGCGUGGCCCAUGGUCCUGCAGGGAUUCCAGGAUCAAGGUCUUGAAUUGUCUGAUUGUUUUCUAUGAACUCUGUCACUAUCCAGAGUCAAAUGAAAUAAUUGGUGUGGACCGAAUAACUUGCUCAACCAAAAUGCAUGUAGUGGAUUGUACGUUGCAUAACCGCUGUUUCAUCUUCACCUUGUAGUGUAAUUACGGUUUCCUACCCCGUUUUUCAUUUGAUGAACCCUAAAUAACUGAACGGCAAAGUAAUGCAAUAGGCUGCUGCAUAAUUUUAAAAACAUAACCAGGAAUGAUUCACACAUCUGUUUAUUAAUCACGAUUUUAUGUGCAGCGAACUCGGAUAAGGACUUACGAGUGGAAAUGCAUCACAAACAAAUAAUAGGUCAUGAUCUUCUUAAAAAGCAUAAAAAGACGAAUCAUUUGCUGUGAUUUGUGCAACUUUUUUAUAAAUACUGAAGCGCUGACUGAGCUCACGGGGCUGCUUUUUAACGGGCUUAUGCUUUAUAUGGGCUAUAUUCUCUGUGAUUGCUAACCACUAUCCUCCUUUAUUUUGUGUUGUGUGCAAGAUCAGUAUUCAUAAUUUGCAAUUCAUUGAUCAACACAUUUACAUUGCUAGCAAUCCAGUAGUACUAACUCGUGAGAGUAUAAUUAUUGCAAUGAUAAUAUUAAUUGUAAUAAUCUUACCUGUAAAACGCCAUAACACUAUGAAAAGCAUGCCAUUGAGUGGACUCUGCAGUUUGUGCUAUGCCUUUUUAAGGAGCUGUAGCUGUUUAGCUAGCCUACCAGCAGCCCAUAAACAUAAACAUGCACAGCACAUAUCUUUCUAAUUGUCAUAAGCCAACAAACACGAAUCUGUUACUGGUUUUCUUAGUGCUCCCGUGGUGUUUGGAAAUUAUUCGUUUGAACCUCCUCGAUCUUACCUAAAGCCAACCACUCCUACACAUCCAACUCUUCCAAAUUGAUAUAUGACAAUAUCUACUUUCGAUCACGUGUCUGCGGGGCGACUUAGACGGAUUGCGCGUCAUCUCGCCUUCCCAAAUUUUUCCCUUCUGCUGCAGCUCCUAUCCAAAACAUCUAUCUAUAGUACGGAGCACGAGAGAGAGAGAAAGAUGUUUAACUCGGUGAAUCUGGGCAACUUCUGCUCCCAGACGCGCAAAGACCGGACAUCCGAGUUUGGGGACAGGACGGGCUGUGCGUCCAAUAUCUACCUCCCCAGCUGCACCUACUACGUCCCCGAGUUUUCUGCCGUCUCCUCGUUUCUUCCACAGGCCCCGUCCAGACAAAUCAGCUACCCCUAUUCCACAAAUCUGUCUCAAGUGCAGCCGGUACGGGAAGUUUCUUACGGCUUGGACCCUGCUAGUAAAUGGCACCACAGAAGCAACUAUGCGUCGUGCUACUCGGGAGAGGAUCUGGUGCAUAGAGACUGUCUUCCACCAUCCACCAUGACAGAAAUGCUUAUGAAGAACGAGAGCGUGUACAGCCACCACCAUCACCAUCACACCCACCCGGGCUCCAAUCACCCUUCCACAGGUUUUUAUUCCGGCGUGGGGAAAAACAAUGUCCUCCCGCAAGGUUUCGAUCGCUUUUUUGAGACGGCGUACUGCAGCAGCACGGACAAUCAGUCAGACAAUUGUUUACAAAAGAGCGAAGGGGGAAAACUGGAAAGCGACUCCCAACAGCAGCAGCAACAGCAGCAGCAGCCCACAGCGUCUGUACCCGGAGCCGCGGAGCAGGAAAAAGACCCAGAAGAUGAGGAGGAACACACAAAUUCAGGCUCAUGUACGUCUUCCUCUGCAACAACCAAGGACGGCAACACCAGCAAGAGCAGCCACUCGAGCGCUCCUCGAACAAGGAAGAAGCGGUGUCCAUAUUCCAAGUUUCAGAUUCGAGAGCUGGAGCGGGAAUUCUUCUUUAACGUUUACAUCAACAAAGAGAAAAGGCUUCAACUUUCCCGAAUGUUAAACCUCACCGAUCGCCAGGUUAAAAUUUGGUUUCAGAAUAGAAGAAUGAAAGAGAAGAAGCUGAGCAGAGAUCGCCUCCAGUACUUCUCUGGAAAUCCCCUAUUGUGAGCAGGAGCAGAGUGUCACAGUCUUGGACGGUGGCAUUUAGGCCCCCUCUUAUCUCACUGAGUUGUCACUGUGGGCAUACCCAUUUUCUAAGGCAGCCCACAUCACCAACAGUGCAAUGCUAAAGUGGACAGUGGCAGAAAUAGGCCUGCAUGGGAUAAAAAUCGCCAUUUUCUUAUAGCCCUACGGGCGGCGUUGAAUUCCUAGCUGGUCCCCAGAAAAAGGCCUACACUAUUAGAAUAAUCAUUUAUAUGCUGUUCUUGAAUAUGUCCCUCUAUUUAUCAUGAUUCUUCAUUGUGUUUAUUCUAUUGUUGACAUAUUUGUUAAAAACAAUAUGAAAUAUAACAAGCAUUUUGAAUCCUUUAUUGCGCAGACAACUUUUAGCUCUUUCCCCAGCUCUGGUCUUUGUAUAUAGCUUAUCCUCAUCUAAUUAUUUCUCUAACGGAGUACGAACAAAUUAUAGGAAAUCUUUAAUUAAGGUGCAUAUUUCGCCAUUGAGAACUGUGACGUCCAAUCUGUGAAAAAAAGUAUAUCCCCCUGUACAGAGUAGCCUAUGCAAUGUGCUAUCAUGACUGUAAAUAACCGUAUGUUGAAUUUCCUUUCUGCUAUCCCUGCUGCUAUUUUUUCAGUACAGUGCCCAUUCAACUCUAACAGCUUUAACGCCAACACUUGUUAAAUUAUUUGCUUAAAACGUUGCUGCUUUCGAUUCCAGAGAGGAGGAGCAGAUUGUCGGCCUGUGUAUCAUUAACAUAAUACCUAUGAAAUAAACAGAAAACCUAUAGGCAAA